AUGACUCUUCUUCAGCCUUCCAAUGCCUUGGUACUUUGGCUUUCACUGUUGAUAGUAAUAAGUUCAGUUAACACAGAUAAACCUGAAAGGAAAAUUUAUUCCUGCCCAGUAAUUCAGUGCAGUGCUCCUGUGGUCAAUGGCUUACCAGGCAGAGAUGGAAGAGAUGGUCCCAAAGGUGAAAAGGGAGAACGAGGAGAAGGAUUGAGAGGUCUACAGGGUUUCUCUGGAAAAGCAGGACCUCUGGGAAUAAAGGGAGAUUUAGGACCACAAGGAGAAAAAGGAGAAUGUGGAAUUGUAGUAACUGAUGACCUGCAGAGAGAAGUAACUGCUUGGGAAACAAAAGUACAGGCUUUGGAGGCUGAAUUAAAUAGAUACAAAAAAGGAUCCAUCUCUGACCAGGUGAAGAUCAGCUGUACUCUACCUGCAAAAGAGACCAGAUGCUCGCAGAAACAUAGAGCGUACACACAGCUAGAAAAUUAUAUUAAGGUCUCACAGGACUCUCUGGAAGCUUUAUGGGGCCUCCUGGAAGAGAUGGUCUUCUUUGGCUGCAAGCUACCUGAUUCUCUGGACACUGAACUCUGCAAUGUUUUAGUAAAUUUGAAACACCAGCUUUCCAGACUUGAAAGCUUGCUUGCUUUGAAUGGGAAAAUAAGAAAAGUAGGAGAGAAAAUACUUGCCAGCAAUGGGAAGGAAGUUGAUUUUGCAUCUGCACUAGAAUUCUGUGAAGAGGCUGGAGGAACUCUUGCAACUCCCAUGAAUGAGGAGGAGAAUGAAGCUAUUUUGGGUAUUGUGAAACAGUAUAACCGAUAUGUUUACUUGGGCAUUAAAGAGGGUGAGGCUUCAGGUCAAUCACUCUACUAA